UACAAAAAUGAGAAAAAACCAUUUAAGGCGGUUCCUUGGUGUUUUACCGAUCCUUCUGUAUGUCGUCCUAGUAAUUCAAUGCCCAGUGCAUUUGAUGAUGUAGAAUUUAAUCAAGAGAAACUAUUACAGGUAUUUGCUUAUCAUUGGCAUAAUCAAUGGGAUAAACCAAAAGGUAGUCUUUUUAGAUUCUUGGAACAAAGGCAUGAGGAUAUUUUGGGAUUUUAG